GGAUCUGGAUCAUCUCAAGCCGAGCGGUGACGAUAUAAAACCCUCCUCACGGUGCCCGAUGCCACGAAUCACCCGAAUUAAUCUACCAUCUCCAUUCAAGGCUUCUUGGAUCGCUCAUACAUAAAUAUCUGUGAGUCAGAGGAAGCAACCACCGACCCCAAGACCUCACCCCGAGCCAUGGCUAGGCUCCUCACCACCUGCUGCCUGCUGGCCCUGCUGCUCGCCGCCUGCACCGACGUCGCCCUCUCCAAGAAGGGCAAAGGCAAACCCAGUGGUGGGGGUUGGGGCGCCGGGAGCCAUCGCCAGCCCAGCUACCCCCGCCAGCCGGGCUACCCUCAUAACCCAGGGUACCCCCAUAACCCAGGGUACCCCCAUAACCCAGGGUACCCCCACAACCCUGGCUAUCCCCAUAACCCCGGCUACCCCCAGAACCCUGGCUACCCCCAUAACCCAGGUUACCCAGGCUGGGGUCAAGGCUACAACCCAUCCAGCGGAGGAAGUUACCACAACCAGAAGCCAUGGAAACCCCCCAAAACCAACUUCAAGCACGUGGCGGGGGCAGCAGCGGCGGGUGCUGUGGUGGGGGGCUUGGGGGGCUACGCCAUGGGGCGCGUUAUGUCAGGGAUGAACUACCACUUCGAUAGCCCCGAUGAGUACCGAUGGUGGAGUGAGAACUCGGCGCGUUAUCCCAACCGGGUUUACUACCGGGAUUACAGCAGCCCCGUGCCACAGGACGUCUUCGUGGCCGAUUGCUUUAACAUCACAGUGACUGAGUACAGCAUUGGCCCUGCUGCCAAGAAGAACACCUCCGAGGCUGUGGCGGCAGCAAACCAAACGGAGGUGGAGAUGGAGAACAAAGUGGUGACGAAGGUGAUCCGCGAGAUGUGCGUGCAGCAGUACCGCGAGUACCGCCUGGCCUCGGGCAUCCAGCUGCACCCUGCUGACACCUGGCUCGCCGUCCUCCUCCUCCUCCUCACCACCCUUUUUGCCAUGCACUGAUGGGAUGCCGUGCCCCGGCCCUGUGGCAGUGAGAUGACAUCGUGUCCCCGUGCCCACCCAUGGGGUGUUCCUUGUCCUCGCUUUUGUCCAUCUUUGGUGAAGAUGUCCCCCCGCUGCCUCCCCGCAGGCUCUGAUUUGGGCAAAUGGGAGGGGAUUUUGUCCUGUCCUGGUCGUGGCAGGACGGCUGCUGGUGGUGGAGUGGGAUGCCCAAAAAAUGGCCUUCACCACUUCCUCCUCCUCUUCCUUUCUGGGGCGGAGAUAUGGGCUCGUCCAGCCCUUAUUGUCCCUGCAAGAGCGUAUCUGAAAAUCCUCUUUGCUAACAAGCAGGGUUUUACCUAAUCUGCUUAGCCCCAGUGACAGCAGAGCGCCUUUCCCCAGGGCACACCAACCCCAAGCUGAGGUGCUUGGCAGCCACACGUCCCAUGGAGGCUGAUGGGUUUUGGGGCGUCCCAAGCAACACCCUGGGCUACUGAGGUGCAAUUGUAGCUCUUUAAUCUGCCAAUCCCAACCCUACCGUGUAGAUAGGAACUGCCUGCUCUGCAUUUUGCAUGCUGCAAACACCUCCUGCCGCAGCGCCCCCAAAAUAGAGUGAUUUGGGAAUAGUGAGGCUGAAGCCACAGCAGCUUGGGAUUGGGCUCAUCAUAUCAAUCCAUGAUGGUUUGCUUCCAGCUGAGCCUCACUGCCCUUUUAUAGCCUGCCCAGAGGAAGGGAGCGCUGCUAAAUGCCCAAAAAGUAACACUGAGCAAAAGCUUAUUUCAAUGUAUGAUAGAGAACGAGUGCAUCUCGCACAGAUCAGCCAUGGGAGCAUCGUUUGCCAUCAGCCCCAAAACCCAAAGGAUGCUAAAAUGCAGCCAAAGGGGAAUCAAGCACGCAGGGAAGGACUUGAAUCAGCUCAACUGGAUUGAAAUGGCAAAAGGCAUGAGUAGAACGAACGCCAAGGGGAUGCUGGAGAUCCACCUCCUGUGAGCAAAUUGUUCGAUGCAGCCAAUGGAACUAUUGCUUCUUGUGCUUCAGUUGCUGCUGAUGUGUACAUAGGCUGUAGCAUAUGUAAAGUUACACGUGUCAAGCUGCUCGCACCGCGUAGAGCUAAUAUGUAUCAUGUAUGUGGGCACUGAAUGCCACCGUUGGCCAUACCCAACCGUCCUAAACGAUUUUCACGUCGCUGUAACUUAAGUGGAGAUACACUUUCAGUAUAUUCAGCAAAAAAGAAAAAAGAAAAAAGAAAAAAAAAAAAAGAAAAGAAAGAAAGAAAAGAUAUCGGGACUUGGAGGCAAUGUGUGCUUUGUGAGACACGACUGUUUUGUAUAUUUGUAACGGCGCAUGCACUGCGUUUUACUUUCCAAUAUUUUUCUAAUUGUUUGACGUCUGGUGCAUAUUAAAGCGGGUGAAGCGAAGGUGCUGGAGCCUCCUCCGUGCAGUUCUGGCUUUGGCCAUCUCAUGACCACGUGUCCCAUCCACUGGUUUUGGUGACAUCCUGCUCGUGUUGUCUGUUUUCCCAAGUUUCUUCCUUUUCUCCCUCUUCUUUCCCUACUCUACGAAGCACUCCACAGGGUUACACUGCAGACAAAAGCUGCAUUUUUUGCCCUUUAGAAUCAUGGAAUCAUUAUGGUUGGAAAAGACCUCCAAGAUCCCCAAGCCCAACCCCAACCCACCCCUCCGUGCCCACUGACCACGUCCCUCAGUGUCACAUCUCCAUAGUUCUUGACCACCUCCAGUGAUGGUGACCCCACCACCCCCCUGGGCCGCCUGUGCCAAUGCUUCACCACUCUUUCUGAGAACAAAUUGUUCCUAAUAUCCAACCUGAAACCUCUCUGACCCUUCCUCCCAUCCUUUGGGCACAUCAAUCCCCUUUAACACUGAAUUUAGCCAAAAAUCAAGAUCUGAUUAACCUCUCCCCCCCCCCCUCUUCCACAAAUGGUUCCGGUGCCAUCCAACAAACAUUUUCUACUAAAGCCAAUUCAACAGUUGAGGAUGUUCUUCUCAGUUGAGGACUUCUUCUUCUCCCUGUUUAAACCUCGAGUUCUUCUCCCAUCAUACAAAACCCAGCACCGUUAUUGAGCUAUCUGGAAUAUAGCAAAGCUUAAAAAUUACAAUGAAAGAGUGAAGAGUUUGGGACUUUGGCCAAAUGGUGCUUUUGUUUGAAGUGAUUUGGGUUGAGAAAGCCAGAAGUUGGACUCAAUGAUCCCUACAGGUCCCAUUCCAACAUGGCAAUUCUAUGAGUCUGUGAUUCUAUGCUAUUAAUUGUGCUGCAAUGCCCUCUUUCCUCAAGGACACUGUAAGUGUUGGUCUUCAAGUGAUGUGUCAGAAAACCCCCAGAGUGACUCCUUUUCAUGCUUUUCCAGGAAAAAUAAUAAUAAAAAAGAAGAACCUUUUGGCACUAAA